AUGAGUACAUUAUCAACAGGAAUGGCGACGAUGUCUGCAAAGGCUGGUAUGUUGAUUACUUUUGCUUGUCUUCCUGGUACAACAGCCGCUGAUAACGGACCCAACGGACGUAAUGGAAUGUUUACUUAUCAUUUACUACAGCACAUUACUCGACCAGGAGAAGAUAUCACGAUGCUGCUUAGAGACGUGACCAAUGGAGUGGUCAAUGAUACAAGAGGAAAACAAAUGCCGUAUGUUACAUCUGCUUUGCUACAACAGCACAUUUAUUUGGUACCAUAUCAGAAAAAUACAACGUUACCGGCUGAAGAAUUAGGAACCAGUUCAAAACCAACUGUCAUUCGAAAGCGACUAGUUGAUAUAGAUGAACAUGAUAAUUGGAAUAUUCAAAAUGGUACAUAUGUCAUGUGA